CUCAGCUGAUAGUAGUCAAUUUAGGGUAGGAGUAAGCAUUUUCAAUUUUUUGUUAUUUUGUCAUUUACCGCGUUAAAUGCUAUGCAAUUGUUGUUGUGAAACGCUGUCAAUAGUUAACCGUUGCAAGUAGUGAAAGGAGGGAAGCUCGCAUUCGUUUCAUUUGCUUGGAGGAUGAUAAAAACGCGGCAUACAGCUGAAGCAGCAGUGACCAAUAAGUUAAUUAUAUGUUUUGAUUUUAACACAACUAUACAACAAGACUUUAUAAAUGAGCAGUCCUCGAGACCAACUUCGCUGCAGCAGGAAAGGAUGUAAAUACACCACAAAUAGAUCGUACAAUCUCGAGCGUCAUGAGCGCAACCAUGAGAAGGGCAAAGUGCCGGUUUCCCAGUGCCAACCGUGUCCACAUUGCCCUUAUGCCGCCGGAUCUCUGCACAAUUUGAUGCGGCACAUUAGUAAAAAGCAUGUCAAUGCCUCGCCAGUCAAAAAGGAAAACGGCAGGCUAGUCAGCGUUGACCCCGUGAAGGAGGAGGAGAUGGGGGAUAAUGAGGAGAAAGACGAAGAAACGAAGAUGGAACAAUCAACACCACCGACUGAGCAAACAUUACAAGCAACCGUUCAUAAAUCUAGUCCUAAGCGGGAAAGGAAGCCAUUGAAACCAGCUUCAGUAAGUGAGCAACUGCAGCGGGCUUCACUUUGGGAUUGGAGCACGUUGCAGCAACAAGAGAAGAAUUUCCAGAGACGUUAUGGUCUGGCUACCGAGUGUAAAAUACACAGGCAGACCGUUAACUUAUUCAAACUUUACGCUUUGGUGAGAGCCCGAGGAGGAGCUCUUAACGUCGAUGCCUGGGAUGAUGUGGCAAGCUCCCUUGGCUUUGCCACACGGGCAGCUUGUGGACGUCAUGUGCGUGACAAGUACAUGGGUGUCCUGAUAGAGUUUGAGAAGAGAGAAGAGGAACGUUUAGAGGAGUGCAAGGACUUUCUUGAUGUUCCUUCUUGGUGGGACGAUGGCAACUUCGUUGGUGCCAACAAGGAUCAUAAACCCAAUGUUACAGCACGGUCUGAGAGUGAAGCUAUUAGUCCAUUCAACAAUAAUGUUAGAUCUGCCAUUGUGAAAAUAAUUUUCAAUAAGUAUUAUAAGAAACAUCUUAGAGGCGGUGAUCCGUUCAAGCGGUUCAAUGUGAAGGACUCUUGGCUCAGGGCCACAAUGCUGAGUUCUCAUGCGCUUAUUUCCCAAAUGCAUUUUAAACACUAUUCUCCGUGA